AUGUUCUCGUUAUCCCUUUUCUUUUCCCUUUUCCUCAUCACUAAAGCGGCUUUUUGUCCUCCCGGAUCGGUCGAUUAUCGAGAUGACGCGGAACAAAUUGCCGAAUGUGUGAUCGCACUGGAUUCAAUGACCGAUUUCGAUACGGCUCAAAGGACAUGUCAACUAAUUGGUGGUGAACUCGUUCAACCAACAAAUAUCAUGGAAAACAUCAUUGCCGUUUCACAAAAUGUUCAAGCAAACGAAACCUCAACACCAGAGUACAGCUGCGCGAUGUAUCAAGGCGGUGAUUUCUAUUGGUACUCCUCUCCAUGCAAUGUUAAACGGCCAUUCAUUUGCACUUUCUCAGAUACGAAAGCAAAAGAAAUUUGCCCGGAUAAUUGGUCGUAUUUCCGGCAAACUGGUGCCUGUUAUCAUCACCCGAUGAAUUUGAUCGCCUCGGUGAUGUCGAACUUCAAUUUGACUGCUUGCGCGAGUCGUUUCGAGACUGUGAUCGGCCUCGAUCAAGCAACAUGGUCCGAUUCGUCUCCAUUCGACUACGAUAACCGGGCCAGUGUUUCCUACUACUAUGGGAUCAACAACGACCCGUACUGUUUCCGCUCAAACUGGAACCCCCAUCCCUACAAUUACGCAACUUUCGCGAGUUACGUCUGCAAGAAACCCGCUCAUUUCUCCGUUUCCGUUUCUCAACUUCUCGAAAAGAUCAAACUAGAGAAAGCAAGCAACCCUACAAAAGUUAAACCGCAC